AUGGUCAGAGCAGCAGCAUAUUUUCCAUCGCCCGUGCGUCAGCCCGACAGGCUCCACUCGGAGCUGGUGGCUUCCCUGGUGGUCGCCAUCACAGUGCUGGACCUUGGGAAGAUUCUGGGGGUCGUUGGUUCGAAUUGGCCAUACGCAUGCCUUCAUGAAGAAUGGUUUGCUGCUGAUGGUGCCCUGGUCAAUCAAAUCUUCAGCCAUGCGGCCGGACUGUUGACCAGGCCCUACGCCUUCAUGGACCCUUCGAAGGCAUUCUCGGCUUGGGCCGGCCGGAGGGCUGCUCAAGCGAAGCUGCACUUCUUCAGCAAACAAAUCGCACUCGUGCAAAUGAGCGGCAAGGCCCAGGUCAACCGUACUGCAGGGGAGCUCGAUAUCCGGGUCCCAGGUUAUGCUGAGAAGGCAGGCAUCCGACGCUUCUCCAUGUGCUUCAACCGGGAGGCGGAUGGCGUUCUGGGCCUGCACACCGCAGAUCCUUCCAAGCGACUGGAGUCUGUGGGUCAGAUCCACUGGGGAGUGGACUUUCAUGGCAUCUCCAUCGGUGAGGGCAAUGCAAAGCACAGGGUCAAGUUCUGCGACCCUAAAGAGAAGCGACCAGAUCAGGAGACCAUCUGCGGCCUCAUUCCUGACAGCGGGACCACGAUGAUCACCGGGCCCGAGAACCAGCUGGCCGAGCUUUACAUGGACAUCUGCUCGAAUUGGGAGCGCUGCCAAAAAGCUUUCGAAGAGGUCAGCAAGGAGAUGAAGGACUUGCAAGAUCAAGGCAUGCAAGUUGGAGGAUUGUCCUUGACACAGCAUGCGACGGUUCCGGAGGAGUUGGCCGAUGCCUUCAAGAAGCUGCAAGACAUCUUGCAAGCAGGAAAGGCUGACGCAUCCGCUUCCAACAGCACGAGCUCGGCUGACGCGGCCGACAUCGCGGACAUUCUCGGUGGGGGAGCAGGUGCGGAGUCAAAGCCUCAGACUCAGAAGGACUACAUGAAGGCCAAUGUCUUUUUGCUGCUGCUGGAGCACUGUUCUGACUGGGCCGAGGGGGUGGACAUGGACCAGGAGCUCCCCAAGCUGAACUUCCACGUCGCCGGGCUGAACGGCGUGCAGACGGAGCUCUCGCUUCGCCCGAAGAACUACAUCAUGACUGCCACGGCUGACAUCAACGUUCCGGAAAUGAAAACUCUGGGUGGGUUGACCUUCCAGAUUGAGCGCAAGAAGCGUGGAAAGGUCUGCAUGCCUGCUUUUCAGCCGGCGCCUUUCACGACCAAGCUGAAUGGAGAGGUUUGGAUCAUGGGCACGCCUCUGUUCUACGAGUACACGGCCCACUAUGACCGUGGUAGCGCAGAUGGCAAGGUGAAGCCAAGCAUGGCUUUCACCCACGUGCAUGAAGAGCCCUGCGGAAGAUGUCAAGACAAUCGCAUCGUCCGCGGCGGGCACCCGGCCUUGACGCAGAAAAAGUCGGAGAAAACUGGCGUGGAGUCUCUCCGACAGCUGACGAAGGCUCCAAUUGUGCGCAAUCUUACCUCCACGCACUCACUCUGA